GGUUGACUCUUAUUUGUUAAAUUGUGUUUGUUUAUCUUUGUUAUAGUUUGAAAGAUGAGUCUUGACAAAGAACUUGGUGUUACUGCUGUUAAAUCUAGUUCAGCAUCCGCUGAAGAAGGUGCUCUUACUGAGUCUUACUACAUUGAUCCUGCUCUCCAAAGAAAAUAUGUGAGAGAAGUUGAUUUUAAAAUCUUGCCAGUUAUUGCGGUUAUGUACUUUUGCAGUGCUAUGGAUCGUUCCAAUAUUUCUAAUGCUUUUUCUGAUGGUAUGACAAAGGACUUGAAUUUUGAAGGGCAGGAAUAUUCCUUGUUGUUGUUAUUGUUCUAUAUUCCAGCUGGUAUUUUUGAUCUUCCUUUCAAUAUUUUGACUAAGAAGUAUGGUGCUAAAUGGGUCUUGCCAUCUUUGAUGAUCUCCUGGGGUGUGUUAACUAUGAUUACUGCUGCUUGUAAGAACUUUGCAGGUACUUUGGUUGUGAGAUUAUUGAUUGCCACAGCUGAAAGUGGUUUCUUUAGUGGUUGUGUCUUUUAUAUGACCCUUUUCUACACUAGAGUUGAGCUGGCAUUUAGAAUUGCUUUAUUUGUUACUGCUUCAGUUCUCGCUGCUGCAUUUACUGGUCUUUUAGCUUACGCUGUUUUCCAGAUUGAAAGUACAGCUCUACAUGGUGCAGCAACUGUUGCAAUUUCAUUGUUUGCCUAUUGGUGGUUACCAUCUACGCCAUCAACAUGCAGAUGGUUUUCUCCAGAGAUCAAGGAAGUUGCAAGAUUAAGACAUUUGAAGAAUGGUAGUAACCAAGUUGACUCCAAAUUUUCAUGGAAAGAAUGUAAAGAGAGAAUUAUGACUUGGCAAUGGUGGGUUUACUUUUGUAUUUCAUUUACUUAUCCUUUACCUUGGACCACUGCUUCUUUAUUUUUAACUCAAAUUAUUGGUCGUUUUGGUUUCCAUACUGUGAAGACUAAUUUAUGGACAGUUGCUCCAAAUUGUGUUGGUGCAGUCGCUGUUCUUUGCAUUGCCUAUUCUUCUGAUCAUUUCCGUGAGAGAUCAUAUCAUUUAUGCUUUGUCUUGUCCCUUUCAUUGGUUGGUUUGAUUAUUUUGGCUACUGUUGAUGGUUAUGAACAUAAAGCUGUAAGUUAUUUUGCUUGUUUCUUAUUAUGUUGUGGUGCUUAUUGUCCUUCAUUCUUGGUUCAUUCCUACCAUAAUAAUAACAAUUUGUCUGAAUCUUCAAGAGCUUUUGAUUCUGGUGUUUUCGUCGGUUUAAGUAAUUUGGCUUCUAUCACAGCUAGUGCAACUUUCCGUACAGAAUAUGCUCCAAAUUAUACACCAACUAUCAUUGCAACUUGCGUUUCAGCAUUUAUCUGUUUCUGCUUGACUUUUUUCUUGGGUACAUGGCAAAAACUUGAAAACAAGAGAAGAAAUAAAGAACAGGGAGUUGAGUUGAGGGCAGAAGAUGUUGAUACUAAUCAAUUAGUUAAUGGAACAGCUGAUCCAAGAUGGAGAUAUUUCACAUAG